AUCUGGAAUCACAGCAGAAAAACAGACAGCGUGCGAGACAGAGAAGUCCAUAUCACUCCAAAGACAUGACGGUCACAGAUGUCUCCCGCUGUACGAUGGAAGUUAUAGAAGUUGAGGAAUUCUUACGGAACCCUCCGCCCGGUUUCACGGUAGAGGCUGGCUACCGAUUCGUGAAAAGCGAUCCUGAAAACUGCUGCGUGUUCAUCGAUGACUUUGAGUUAUCCAGAGUAGGAAAAGUAGUCUUCCAGCACUCGCCAGGAAAGUAAGGAAUAUGUUAAUUUAAAAAGUUAGGUUAGUCAGCCUUGAAAACAUAAUUCAGAUGCGCAUCAACUUCUCAGCAAUCGACAAUUCAUCUAACCAUUUAUUUUGUUUCAGGAAAAUCACAGUGCGCAAUUUGGGAGAUUACACUCGCUUCAGGAAGAGCCUAACCUCAAAAAAGAUAUAUAUACUGGUGUCUGCAUGUGAAAGUAAACUUUCAUCGACAGAUAAGAAAUCUCCCAAAAACCUCAAAGGUAAAUUUUCACUGUUCUAUCUAUAAUGGACCUGUGGGCUGCAGCAGACAAGGCGUAAGCCAAAACCACACGGUGCGUCUGUCUGUGUGCGCUGCGCUGUAGUCCAUGGUUUUCCUAAAUGACUUUUCAUAACGUUACUCUUUACAGCAUCAAAUACCAGAUUGCAUAAUUUAAUGUAUGUACAGGAGUAAAUGUUAUCCACCAAUACAUGCAUAAUGUAUCAGGCUAUCAGCAGCACAUAGUUCUUAACCAUGCAGUGAAACAACAGCAUUUUAUUGAUGUAUUUUUAACCUGGGCUGGCCCCUCCUAUGUAGGUUAUAAUGAAUCACUCGGUACUUCCCAAAUUGUGCCUUAUUCCCUAUAUAGUGCACUUCUUUUGACCAGGGUUCUGGUCAAAAGUAUUGCACUAUAUAGGGAAUAGGGUGCCAUUUGGGAUAGAACUGCGGUUUUUGACCGGUUGCAGGCGGUGCAGUGUGACUUUUAGGUCUGACUCACGGCCUAACUACAGUGCAAUUGAAAAGGAUUCAGACCCCUUGACUUAUCCACAUUUUGUUACGUUACAGCCUUAUUCGAAAAAUGUGUUAAAUAAAUAAAAAUCCUCAUCAAUUUACACACAAUACCCCAUAAUGACAAAGUAAAAACAAGUUUUAUUACAAAUAAAAAAAACUGAUACCUUAUUUCCAAAAGUAUUCAGACCCUUUGCAAUGACUCGAAAUUGAGCUCAGGUGCAUCCUGUUUCCAUUGAUCAUCCUUGAGAUGUUUCUACAAUUUGAUUGGAGUCCACCUGUCAUAAAUUCAAUUGAUUGGGCAUGAUUUGGAAAGGCACACACCUAUCUAUAUAAUGUCCCACAGUUGACAGUGCAUGUCAGAGCAAAAUCCAAGCCAUGAGGUCGAAGGAAUUGUCCGUAGAGCUCAGAGACAGGAUUGUGUCGAGGCACAGAUCUGGGGAAGGAUACCAAAAAAUGUCUGCAGCAUUGAAGGUACCCAAGCACAUGACAGCCCACUUGGAGUUUGCCAAAAGGCACCUAAAGGACUCAGACCUUGAGAAACAGAUUCUCUGUUCUGAUGAAACCAAGAUUGAACUCUUUGGCCUGAAUGCCAAGCGUCACGUCUGGAGGAAACCUGGCGCCAUCCCGACAGUGAAGCAUGGUGGUGGCAGCAUCAUGCUGUGGGGAUGUUUUUCAGCGGCAGGGACCAGUCUAGUCAGGAUCGAGGUUAAGAUGAAUGGAGCAAAGUACAGAAAGGUCCUUGAUGAAAACCUGCUCCAGAGUGCUCAGGACCUCAGACUGGGGGGUGAAGAUUCCCCUUCCAACAGGACAACGACCCUAAGCACACAGCCAAGACAAUGUGGUAGUGGCUUCGGGAGAAGUCUCUGAAUGUCCUUGAGUGGUCCAGCCAGAGCCCGGACUUGAACCUGAUCAAACAUCUCUGGAGAGACCUGAAAAUAGCUGUGCAGUGACACUCCCCAUCUAACCUGACAGAGCUGGAGAGCAUCUGCAGAGAAGUAUGGGAGAAACUAGCCAAAUACAGGCGUGCGAAGCUUGUAGCGUCAUACCCAAGAAGACUCGAGGCUGUAAUCGCUACCAAAGGUGCUUCAACAAAGUACUGAGUAAAUGGUCUGAAUACUUAUGUAAAUGGUAUUCUUUUUUAUUUUAUUUUUGCUUUAUCAUUAUGGGGUAUUGUGUGUAGAUUGAGGGGAAAAACAAACAAUUUAAUCCAUUUUAGAAUAAGGCUGUAACAUAACAAAAUGUGGAAAAAGUAAUAGGGGUCUGAAUACUUUCUGAAUGCACUGUACAGAGACUCAUUGCCUCUUCACUGUGGUGGAUUGGUGAAAGGUUUUAUUACUAACUAACACAGUGGUCAUCACAUGACUAACUCUCUCUCUCUCCCCAACCCCUCUCUCUCCCUCCUUCUCACUCUCCCCCUCUCUUUCUCUCUCUCUCUCUCUCCCUCUCCUUUUCUCCCUCCCGCCCAGUGCUCCAGCGGUAUGUGGUGGCCAUUGAUGGCCGUAACGCUCUGAUCAAGUGGGAGAUGGAGAGAGGCCUGGACAGGACUAUCUCCUCUGUGGCUGGGGAGAGCUACAGGGUCGAUGUGAGUUUGUCAUUUUCCUGUUAUAAAAAUAACAUUUUAAUAAGAGUGUGAUUCUUGGAUAACACGCUUAUUUUCUUUAUGCAACCACCUCUCAAGAUGAUGACAUUGAAAAUAGCAUUUUCAUAUUUCUUAUAUUUUAAUGUAAAGUUAAAAUACAUUUUUCCCUCUGCUUUUUGGUUUUCAGAUUGACCUGGGUGAUGCAUUGCGUGGCUGGGCAGGUGAGAGUUUCUGUCUCCUAGGCGACAGAGAGAAGGUCACGCCCGUGUGGAGGGAUACCUGCUUCACCCUGAAAUAUUACUCUGAUGCCCUCUUCGACUUCCCACACUGGCUCGGCUUCAGUAAACGCCAUUUCAAGGUAAAAUACAAUGAAUGAAUAAGGCCUAUUUAUUUAUUAAUGGAUCUGGAACUGUCCUGUUAGCUUAUUGAUGUAUAUUAAAGCAAUAAGGCCAGAGGGGGUGUGGUAAAUGGCCAAUAUACCACGGCUAAGGGCUGUUCUUAUGCAUGACGCAACUCGGAGUGCCUGGAUACAGCCCUUAGCCGUGGUAUAUUGGCCAUAUACCACAAACCCCAGAGGUGCCUUAUUGCUAUUAUAAACUGGUUACCAACAUAAUUAGAGCAGUAAAAAUAAAUGUUUUGUCAUACCUGUGAUAUACCACGGCUUUCAGCCAAUCAGCAUUCAGGGCUCGAACCACCCAGUUUAUAAUCUCUACCACAGACCGUUUACUGCUGAAUAAUCUGUUUCUCUGAAUCUUGCUUGUGGCCAUCAAAGGGUGUGUCCCAAUAAUAUCUCUGUCCUCCUGAAGUGUGCAGUCGUUCACUACUUCCCACAAAUCUAAAAGCAUUGAAAUAUAGUGGAAACUCCCACCAGCCCAUGGCAGUGAAAUAUAGUGGAAACUCCCACCAGCCCAUGGCAGUGAAAUAUAGUGGAAACUCCCACCAGCCCAUGGCAGUGAAAUAUAGUGGAAACUCCCACCAGCCCAUGGCAGUGAAAUAUAGUGGAAACUCUCACCAGCCCAUGGCAGUGAAAUAUGGUGGAAACUCCCACCAGCCCAUGGCUCCGUCAUUUUCUUUCAAAUCAGUGAAGGGAAGUGAACAGUUCCACUCUGGGAGGAAGGAGAUGAUUGGGCCAUACCUAGGGUGUCCACUCUGGGAGGAAGGAUAUGAUUGGGCCAUAGCUAGGGUGUCCACUCAGAGGAAGGGAACCAACACAUGUUUAUUUACUUUGUGAUUUCUUCCCUGUAGAUCUCCUACCAUGGAAUAUGAGACCUUAGCAAUAAUCAAUAAUAGCUAUUUGAUGGGCAAGAAGACUGGACAUAGGCCAAAGAUGAGCUAUUAUAUUGACAAGAUAGCCGAGUGACCGCUCAAACAAUGCAAAUACAUGUCUUCAAUGCUUGAAGGCAAGUGAGGUCAGGAGGGACCAUUCUAGCCAAUGAGAG